AUGAAUUUACCAAAAAUCUCAUUUUUUGAUGAUCCUAAAUCUUAAUUAUGGAUUAAGGAUGUCAUUUAGAUAUCAGAUCCAAUUAUUAGUGGGACUUUGAUCAAAAAUUCAAAGAAAGGGGUUUAAAAAGAGAUCAAUUACUUUAUAUAAGAUGGAAAGUUUGCAAAUAAUAAGAAAUAUAUUGAUCUUUAAAAUGUGACAUUGGAUAAACUUAAGAAUUAUGGUUUCAAAUUGACUAGGAAUAGAAAAACGAUUGAGUUGUUUGCCCAUAAUGAAUAAGCAUAAAUAGUAUGGUAUGAUUAUAUGAAAUCGUUUUGCAUUUAAAGAGGCUUUAAUAAUGUAUACUCUAUAAACAAAUUGAUAGGGAAGGGUAAUUUUGCAAAGGUAAUAUGUAAUAUGAUAUGUAAUAAGGUUUAUAGUGCAUAAAAAAAGAGUGAUCAAUCAUUGUACGCUGUUAAGGCAUUUGACAAACUGAAAUUUUAAGACAUUCGAAUUGAUAAGGUAGAAAUGAAGAUUUACAUAUUAUAAGCCUGCAUUAAUAAAGGAGUUAUCCAUAAUGAGAAAGAUGGAUUUUCGAGGAGUGAUCAAAUUGUAUGAAGUAUAUGAAAAUGACAAUUACAUUUUUUUGGUUUGUGAAUUAUUAGAAGGAGGAGAACUCUUUAAUUAGAUGAAGGGUAAGGCUUACGAUGAGAAGACUGUGGCCAAUAUCAUGUAUAGAAUCUUGUAAUCUAUUGAUUACAUACAUUAAAUGGGUGUAUUACAUAGAGAUAUAAAAGUACAUUAUUUGAGUCAUAGUAGCCUGAAAACCUCAUAUUACGUACAAAAGGAGAUAUGACUGAUGUUGUAAUAGCAGAUUUUGGUUUAGCAGAUUAUUAUAAUCCAUCCGGGGAUUAUAUGUUUAAACGUUGUGGUACUCCAGGAUAUGUUGCACCUGAAUUAUUACAAGAUAAAAUAUAUGAUUUCAAAGUAGACAUAUUUAGUGCAGGAGUAUUAAUGUUUAUAAUGCUAACUGGUGCAUCACCAUUUAAAGCUAAAUCUUAUGAUGAGAUUGUUAUGAAGAACUACCAUUGUUAAAUUGAAUAUAAUUUAAUUAACAAUCAUCCUCUCAGUGAAGAAGCAAUUCAUUUAUUAAGAGCAUUACUUGAAAAGAAUGCUGAUCUAAGAAUAAGUACAGAAUUGGCUUUAUAACAUUAAUGGUUUUAGAAGUAGGCUGAUUAUCAAUUACAUCUGUAAUUAUAUAUUAUCUUAUAGUAAUAACAAGUGAAGAAAAUUUACCAAGACACAAAAGAAAUUCUGAUUUAUAUGCCAGAACACCAUUAAUGGGUUAAGAACUCAAUUAAUCAUUAACAUCAACUCCUCUUAGUGUGACUCCAUAAAUGAGAAGUAAAUCAAAUACAGCUGAUAUAAAUCGAGAAGAAUAAAAUGGAAAUACAUUUAGAUAAUAGAGUUAGUCAGUAAAGGUUUAGAAACAAGAAUGCAUUUUAGAAGAAAACGAUUAUAAUGUUAAUGAGGAUGAUGAUAUUCCUCGUAGUAACCAAAUAAAAAUGUAUUAAAUCUAACCUAAAUUAAAAAAAAGUAUUCUUUUACAGAGUAAUAUUUUUAGAUUAAGAAGAUUAAUAGAAAUACAAUGUGGAUAAUGCAAAUAGCAUUCGUGGUUCACUCAAAUAAGCUUUUUGAAUAAUAUAUUUAAUUUACAUAAUUUUGUAAUUAUAAGAAUGUUUUCUUAUUUACCUUCCAAAGUCAAACAUUUUUUUAAUUGGGAAUUACAAGAGUAUAUUGGAACAUAAUAUGAUGGAACAGAAACAUUUAAUCCUUUUUCAAGUCCAUUCAAUAGGAUUAUAAAUGCUGCAUGGCAUACUAAUCCAGAUUCAACACAUCAUCAUACUAUAGAUUAUAGAUUAAUUAAAGCUAUUUGUGAUAAUGAUAUCAAUGAAGCUAAAUUAGCUAUUGAUUAAAAUCCUAAUUCUAUAUAAUCAACAAAUUAUGAAUUUACUCCUCUUUCUUUAGCUGCUUCAUUAAAUCGUACAGCUAUUAUAGAUUAUUUAUUAUUAAGAGGAGCAUAAAUUGAUGAAAUUGAUAAUCAAGGUCGUACUCCUCUUAUUUAAGCAGUUAUUAAUUGGCAAAUUGAAGCUAUUAAAACCCUUACUGAAAGAGGUGCAUAGAUAGAUAAAAAAGGAAAAUAUGGUUAUAAUGCAAUAGAUUUAGGUUAUAAUAAAUAAUAUAAUUAGCAUAAAUAAGGGGAUAUGAAUAGAUAACUAAAUUUUUGAUUUCAUAAAAUAAUAGACAUCUUAAAUUUACAUAUCCUAAAUUUGAUGUGACUCUUAAGAUAGAGAAAUAAAUAGAACAAUAUAAAGAGAUUACUAAAGAUAUUGAAAAUGUAGUAUUUGAACCUAAGAAAUUGCCAUUCAAUAAUUAUUAAGGAUUAUAUUAGAUUAAUUUAUUAUGA